CGUCAAUAUUUAUGUAAAUGAGUCUUCAGCUUGUAACUGUUAAAACAAAGCAAUAGUUAAAUAAGUCAGCUUGGCUAACAGCCUGUCAACCUGCUAGCUAACGUUAGGUGGAAGACAUCGGUAAAGUUUAAUAAUCAAACGUAGCUUUUACUUCAGAUCAGCAGGGUUGUUAGACAAGUUAUCAACGCUGCUGUAAAGGGUGUAGCCGUGCCAUUAGAAUGGGAAUGCCAUUGAGUUCAAAGUAUAAGCUAGCCGAAAUUUGCCCAAAAUACCCCGAAGUCACUCAACAACAGCCUCAUUGUGUGGGAGACAAAAUUAGCCCACUGAUAUUAUUUCUGGGUGUCCCCGCCCUGCACUUCAAUGAGGAACAGAGAUCUUCGGGAGGGAACGUGAGGCUUGACUCUAGGACAUUACCAUGACAUAAACUAAGGACCCACCUGGAACUGUCUCAUUGUUUGUCUUUUGUUUUGUUUCUGUUUUUAUUUUAUUUUAUUAUUUUUUUUCGUUGUCUAGUCUCCACCUGUCUUACCUAGGGUGCAGGAUUGUUUGUUUGGAUGAAACUUUAAUGUAUCACACUACUGUCUAGAGGACCGAACUAGUCUCUCCUCUUGUCUGCCUCCUAUAUAUCACUGAGAUUAAAUAUAGCAAUAGAGGUAUCAAAGGUCUUGAAAAAGCCUGCACUUAUCAUAUCUUUGUGGCAUUAAAAUCAUUUCGGCCAGCACUUACCAUGCACCGUACUCGACUUAGAAUUUACUUGUGCGUUAAAUUUAAUUUAAUUGUUGUAGCCUCCUUGUAGAAACAAGGUGUGUUUGUUUGUCUUAUUCAUACUUAAUGGAUCUGUUUUUUUCAAUGCAACUAAGCGUUUCGGUUUUGUCCAUUUGCAUAAUUAUUUAAAGAUGUAUUGUUAAUGUUGAGUAGCUGCUCAGCUGCCUAAUGUUGUUAUCACAAUAGGUAGCUUUCAGUUGUAAAGUAAACAAUUUUAUUUUACUUAGGCAAUCUUUGUGAAGAACACUUUUUUUAAUGACUGAUCUUGUAGUGGAAAAUAUAAUUUUUUUAAAGUGCUGUUGUCUUUGAAUAUGUUGAUGUAUUGCUUAUUCACUUUUCCACUGGCAGUAAACUGUAGAAGCUGACAGCUCUUCAGAUCAAACUGUGAUGGGAGCUUUAUUAAUGUGACACGAAGACUGGUCUUUUGAAGUUCCCAUUUUCACUGGAUACAUACUCAGAACAGAAGAACCUUUAAACUGGAAGAAGUAAAUGUUUCUUUUCAAAUAAAGACGUACUUAUGAAAUGGACAGAUCGGAACAGAAACUCAGAGCUGAUUCUAAUUCAGUCACUGAAACGGGAGGAUGAUCUUGAGGAGAUUUCAGGGAUAAAGUUCUCAUACUGACAUUCAGAUUUUCCCUGCAAAUCUUGAACAGUAGCCAAGUUCCACUCUUCAAGCUUCUAGCUGUAGAAGAUACUUAAUAGACUGACUUUUUUCCUGACAAACCGUGUCCACUUCAGCAGUGAGGAUGCGAUCUCCAGAACCUUCUUCACCUUCCACUGCAGAAGCCCUACUUCAUGGCCAGUUUGCCAGCUGGGGAUCCGGCAGCAACAGCAACAAUAACAGCUGCCCCAACAGCCCUGGUGGUCCAGGGGGGCUCUCCCCUGCUGCUUCUCCUACUCCGGCUCCGGCCUCCAACUAUGCCUUGACCCUCACACACACCCACAUACAUAUCCAGCGUCUGUCACCACGGAUGGGGAAGGAAGCCCGUCUCCUGCUGCCUUUAUCAGAGCUGGUGGGGUGCAGUUGUCCUCGUGCCCCUGCACCCCCUCUCCUGGUGCUGUAUUGGUACCCACCAGGCAAACGACGGAAAGGGGUCUCUAGGCGCAGGCAGGUGAGGGCCUACCUGGCUGAAAGCAGGCCUGAAGCUGAGAAGUGGUCGGCUGCUGUGCAGUGUCUACUCAGAGGUGUGACCGUCACUGCUGACACAGAAUUUUCAAGAAGUCUGCUACCUCGUCCCAGGCGUCUACUGUUAUUGGUCAAUCCCUUUAGUGGGAGAGGCCAGGCGAUGCAGUGGUGUCAGACCCACAUCCUGCCAAUGAUCAGAGAGGCCAACAUCAGCUACAACCUUAUACAGACAGAGCGUCAGAACCAUGCCAGAGAGCUUAUCAGAGAGAUAUUGCUACCAGAGUGGGAUGGCAUCAUCAUCGUUUCUGGAGAUGGCCUACUGCAUGAGGUAAUUAAUGGGCUAAUGGAGCGCCCUGACUGGGAACAAGCAAUAAAAAUACCUGUCGGCAUUCUGCCCUGCGGCUCUGGGAAUGCACUGGCUGGCUCCGUCAACCACAAUGCAGGGUAUGACAUGUGCCUUCGGGAGCCCCUCCUUUUGAACUGCUGCUUUUUGCUCUGUCGAGGUGGUGUCCGCCCCAUGGACGUGGUCUCUGUGACAACAAGCCCUUCUCCCAACAGUCGUCCUGCAGCACCCAGGAGACUGUUUUCUUUCCUUUCUGUUGCCUGGGGCUUUGUGUCUGAUGUGGACAUUGAGAGUGAGAGGUAUCGUGGCCUGGGCUCAGCUCGCUUCACCCUGGGCACCCUGGUGCGCAUAGCUUCUCUUCGGUCCUACAAGGGUCGUCUGUCCUACCUGCCUCCCUCUAUUUGCAACACGUCACCAGAUGCCACGCCUCCUCCGCCAAGAAGACCCCUCUCCCGCAGUAUCACAGAAGGCCUGGAGGGAUUCUGUCAAACACCCAUCCAUCGCACCUGCUCUGACAUGGGCAUCAGCGAGCAGAGGAGCCUGCGUAGGGGUGAGGGAGAGAGGGAAAAAGAGGAGAGGCAGCGAGAAAGGGAGAGGAGAAGGGAGAGGGCUAGAGGAGGAGGAACCGGCGUGGUGAGGGCAAGCAGCCUGGCAGAGGACAGAGAGCGUGAACGGGAGGGGGAGGAGGGGAUGGAUGCAGAAGAGGAGAGGUCCGGGACGAGUUCUGAAUCAAAUGAAAGGGAUGAAUGCAAUAUGGGAAGGGGAGAAAAGUUAGCGGGGAUCAAGGAUGAAAGGGAAGAUGAGGGAGGAGUAGAGCAUGACUCCAGUGAGAUGGAGGAGGAUAGGGGGAAGGAUGGGGAAGGCAGUGGCGGUUCUAUAGAGGAGGAGAGAGCAUUGCAUGCGAGAGAGCUGGGAGAGAGCUGUGGGGUAGACAUGGGGCAAGAGGCAGAUGAAGAGCCAGACGGUUGUUUGCCUCAGAAAGCCAGACAGGCACUAAGAAAGAAUUCAGCCCCUUCAAGCCAGAUAGUGAACGCUCUCUUCAACCAGCCUCUCAGACAGGAGGCUGACACAGACUCUGGCACUUCAUACGGGGUAGAGGACAUGGAUCUUAAUGGAACCUACUACCAGAAAGAACCCUAUCAACUGGACGCUGCUCGUGAGCGAUCUCUCACCAUAUCCUCUCCCUUUCGUCACUCACCCUUCUCUUACAAGACCAAGACCAUGGACCAAAAUCAGAACUCCUCCCGGCCGAGGCCCCUCUCCCUCCUCCAGCACUCCCACUCAAACUCCCUCCCUCCUAAAUUCCCUUCCCUCUCCCUGUCGCUUUCUCCCACCCCCCCAUCUUCCCCUUCAUGUGCCUCUCCACACUCCUCAUCCUACCUCGUCCCCCGCCCUAACACCCCAAAUUCCACCUCGCCCUCACCCUCUCUGCGCACACCGUCCUCAUCUUUUAACUUUGACAUUGCCGAGCCAGCAGGACCCCAAAAGAACCGCCCUUUCGUCUCACUGCCUUUAAAUCUCCCUAGGGAUGACUUGUUACCCCCCCUCGACCAACCCCUUCCCACCAGAGAUUGGGUAACCAUUGAAGGGGACUUUGUGCUGGUCCUGGCCCUUUAUCAGACCCACCUCGGGGCUGAUCUUCAUGCUGCACCCCAGGCCAGGUUUGACGAUGGGCUGAUCCAUCUGACCUUUGUGCGGGCGGGGAUCUCCAGAGCCACUCUGCUGAGGCUGUUCUUUGCCAUGGAAAGAGGAACACACCACUCCGUCAGCUCGCCGUAUGUGAGCCAUGUUACCUGCAGGGCCUUCAGGCUGCAGCCUCUGUCUACACGGGGGACACUCACUGUGGAUGGAGAACUGGUGCCCUAUGGGCCACUUCAAGCGCAGGUUCAUCCUUCCAUGGCUCGUCUCAUCGUUGGUGACUCUGGGGUGAAGAUUACCAGAUUCUAAUCAGGGAUUGGUUGAGCUGAUUGACAGAUACAUUACUCUGCUGAAUUAUGUAAUAUAUGUUGCCAUGAGAGAGGGGGAGUGUCUGAGAGACUUAGAAUACCCUGGAUUGCUGGAAAUGCUUUUCUGGGGUUUAAUGAAAGGGAUAACCCACGAGCCACGCAUCACGAAGCAUGACUGCAGGGAUUUAUAGCGAAUUUGAAAAUGGAUGAAAAAUGCGCCUCAUUGCACAGCUGUUGGAUUGCGCUUUGCGUACCCUGAGAAGCAUAGGAACUGCACAGCCUGGGAUAAUAAGAGGGAAGAACAAUCGAAUGUUAAUGGAGUAUUUUUGUGCAGAUAGUGCAUGUGUUACAUGCAUACAUAGUAGUAUGCAUGCAGAGAAGCACUACCUGAUUGUUGCCUUUCGAUGAGAUGGAAAGAAAUCAGAUUAAAAUUAGAGAAAGUUCUUAAAUAUGACAUGCUAUUAAAAAUACAUUGAGAUUUACUUAAUUUAACACCCUCUGUCUUCACCCAAUGUCCAAAUAUUUGAGUAUAAAAACUUCCGUCCCUAAAAGGAAUGCCUUAUCUGACACUGGACAGUAUAGUUGUACCUUUGCCCUUUCUUAUAUAAGAAACUCAAUCUUCUUUAUCUCUAGCCACCUAUGAGAGUGUCCGUCCACUACAUAAAUACAACGUACUGGUAGACCAACCUACCUACUGUUAUCUUUGAACAGCCUACUCUCCACUGUUUUAAGCAUCAGUGGAGAAUACUGUGCAUAAAUGUACACUUUAAUGACCUAUUUCUUCAUGCAAGUGACUCAGUGUAGAGGAGCGAGAUCAAGCUUUUCAGGGUCAUUACAUUAGUAGGACAAUGGAACCGUUGAACGGUGACCAUUACUGACAUUUUUACAUAAUCUGCCUGUUAUUCUUAGCCAGUGGAUGCACAAUAAUGAUGUCAAGUGAUAUCAGACUUUGCAACAUAUUGAAAUGUCUGAACAAAGCAAGCUUUUUUUCCAGUGGUUUUUAGACUGUUCGUUUUCAAAAAUGUUUCAGAAUCAUACACAUUAGCCCUUGGCACUGUUUUAUGUCUGGAAUCUAUCACUAUCUCUGAGUGAGCAUCUUUGGAAGCAUAGAGGACAUUACUUGCCUCUGUUAAGUAGGAAGUAGUGCAUUUAUUUUGCACAAUAACUGGACUUAAAGUAGUACAGAAAAUCACAACACUAGAAAGCAUAGUGACUUUUAUAUACAUCUAUUGCAUAAUCAGAUGUUCUAUAAAUGGAUGCACUAGAAUUAAUAGCCUAGUCCAGACACUAUAAUAAAUGGAUCACAUUACAUUUUUAGCUUGAAGUUAAUUAAAUGUCUCAAUUUGAGAUAGCUUUUGAAAGGUAGAUCUGAUGGAUUACAAAAUCAUUCAGAUACUUUAAAAUCCUGUAGAGACAAACGAGGGCACCACACUAAAAUCCAGCCGCUCUUGUGUUGUCAGAUCAAACUUUUGAUCAAGUGUUGAAUCAGACCGAGGGAAAAUAACUUUUACUGUGAGAAUGACCUCAAUCUGUUGAAGUAAGUGAGAGAUUGGGUUUUAAAUUUAAAAUAUCUGGAGAACUUAAGUACUUCCAAAUGACAAUGUGCUCCUUGGUGAAAUCAAACUGCAGACCUUGGAGCUCUACAAGGAAUUGUCAUGUUUUAUAAAUACAUUUGUGAAAUGUCAUAAUAAAACUUGAUGAUGCACUUGGUCUGGACAAAGGAAAAAAAAAAUAGCAUGUGCAGUGUAUCAAUCAGUAAGAUCAUGCUUGGGUCAUCAUCAGCAUACUGUAUGUCUUGGUCAUGCCUGGGCAAAUAAAUACCUUUGUAUAAUAAGCCUGUAAGUUGUGGCUGUUGAUUAUGAACUAUUCAAACCUGACUGCAGAAAAUGGAGUAAAAGUCUUUGCUCACCAGGCUGUUAUUUUUGUUUGUUGUUUUUUUUUUGCAUUUGAGCGCACAAUGCAGCUAGUCUACCACAAUUACACUGUGCUUUCACAGCUAUAGAAUGUGAAUACAACAUUUUGAGUCUAGGCUUGUAACAGUACCAAAUAGAAAAAUCUAUAUACACUUGGAGUUUUUGCCAAAAAUGUUUAAUUUCGAUGUUCAAAAGACUGGUUAUGACAGUUGACCAUCCUAAACAUUUUGUCUUCUAUGGCCAUAGCUCAGACCAUGGUGUUAUAGACCAAUUUGAUGUGACAGUGUCAGGGUUUAACCCCUCAAUCGAUAAUGCCAUUAAGAUGUCUGUAGUGGACUGCCUGUAAUAAAAUUGUAAUUACUACUAAAAUUAUGAAAAUAUAUACAAUGUACAGUUAAUAGUUAUAUAUGGUUUUGAAUAAAUGGAACUUGACAAGUUUGUCUGAAACAAA